GAGUUGACACAAAUUACAGUAAGUUUCUAUUUAUGAGGUGAAAAAAAAUGUCCAAAUAAGACCAUUUCAAAUUAAUUAAGUAUUUAAAAAAAAUCAAAACUAAGAUUUAAAACCUGUUUUGAACCAGGCUAUAGCAAAAUAUAGGCUAUGUGUAUUAUAUGCAAUAGUAUUUGUUAUACUGUAUGUUUUAUAUACUGUAUAUUGUAACACUGUUGAUAACUAAUUGUACAUUGUGGCUCCUUGUAUCUCGUGCCAUCGGGACACAUUUCAGCGCUGCGUACACGCGCUCUUCCAGACAGCGCGAGUGUACUUCAGACUCUAGAGAUCUCCAUCCUUCCGCAUCCACACACAGCGCUCUGUACAUUCUUCUGCAUCUGCAACAGACUCAGAGAGAGAGAGAGAGAGAGAGAGAGAGAGAGAGAGCACCGCGCAACUGCAACCUGACACGCGCGUCCUCCGUCACAACGAACGGAAACUUUGAUUUUUUUUGACGGUGAAACAGAUGGAAAGGUCCUGGAGAUGAUGUCCCUGUCCUUGGUGAUGGAUUCGUCUUUCAACAUAUUCAGCUAUGCUGUCCUUGUGCUCGUCUCCUUAUAGAUCCGAUCCUUAUUUCUUCUCAAGUACUUCUGCUCUACUACAGCUGUUUGCGAUUGAACACUUGGAUCCGUCUGAACAACAGCGAAGGAACCAGGGCGCAUUGUUUCCAUUCGCAUUAUUUUAAAGGACUUCCAGAUCAUACAGGAUCCGCGAUGUCUGACACGUACCGCUCCUUAUUCCUUUUGCUGUUGAGCUUGCUCUCGGCAGGGGCUCAAACCGAGAUGAAGCGGGUUGUUGGGGACAAUGCCACGUUGCCUUGCCAUCACCAGUUCUGGCAGUCGAACGGGCAGACGCUGGACAUCGAAUGGCUCCUGCAGAAACCCAACGUCAAACAGCGUGUGAUUAUCACAUUCUUCAACAAUGAGGUAUACACUAACGACAACCAUGUCAGUCACCUGUCCUUUGCGGGUGACUACCUGAAUGGAGACGCCUCUCUCCUGAUCAGUGAUCUGCAGCUGACAGACUCUGGAGAAUACCAUUGCAAGGUUAAGACCGGAGGCAAAUACCACUGGAGCCAAGUCAACCUCAUUGUGCUGGUGAAGCCCUCGAAGCCCAAAUGCUGGAUGGAGGGCCGGCUGCUGGAAGGCAGUGAUGUGAAGCUCAGCUGUAAGUCUUCAGAUGGAUCUGACCCCAUCUACUACAAAUGGGAGCGAGUGCUAGAUAAGGGCAAGAGUGUUGGAAAACUUCCACCCUUUGCCCUCAUCGAUCUGAAGAAUCCAGAGAUUGUGACCUUGAGAAAUUUAACACAGGACAGCUCAGGGGUCUACAAGUGCACUGCCAGCAACGAUGUAGGAGAGGAGAACUGCAUCAUCGAGGUCACAAUGCAAUAUGUGCGGGGAAUGGGUGUGGUGGCUGGUGCAGUAGUGGGUGUCUCCUUUGGCGUUUUGCUCAUCAUUCUCAUCAUCUGGCUCGUCUUCCGCAAGAAAGAGAAAAAGAAAUAUGAGGAGGAGGAGACACCUAAUGAGAUCAGAGAGGAUGCAGAAGCUCCUAAAGCCAAGUUGGUGAAGCCCAACUCUCUCUCCUCAUCUCGCUCUGGCAGCUCCCGCUCCGGUGCUUCCUCUACACAAUCCAUGGUGCACAACAGUGGCCCUCGAAGCCAACGCCCACGGCCACCUGCCGUCAACACCCUUAAGGAGAACGGACAGCCGCAUGGAUUUCCCCAGUCUCCCCCGUCCUACGCACAGGCGGUGACCAAGACUCCAGAACCCCCUGCCACCCCAAAAUUCAGACCCCCCAACCCACCAGUGGGCUUGACUAUCCCAACGGGAGUCAUUGUGCCCGCCCAAAGUAAAGCCUUUCAGACAGUGUAGAGAGAAGUGUAAAGGAAUUCUAUAUAGGAAACCCGCAGUGACUCUUCUUAAAGUUGUAACUUCAAUUGAAAAAAAAAAAUAAAAUAAAAAAAUAAAAAAUAUAAAAAAAUAAAAGCAUAAUUAAAUGAUGUAAGUUGAAAUAAAAUCAAUCAUAUUAAACCUAAAAAGUUGAAUGCAUAUUUACAAGAGACAAAUACCAAGUGCUUGCCCCCUUCUGAAGUAUUACAAGAACAAAGAAGAGUAGAACUGAAAAUUCUUCUUCUUUUUUUUCUGGAUGUCAUAGUGCAGACUGACCUUUUAUAACGUUAUUAUUUUUUCUUUGACUUUUUGAACUCGUAAAGGCUUUGGAAGUUUUGUGGGUGAUGGGGUAGAAAGAUUUCCCCAAGUGCAGUUUAUUUAUUUAUUGAAUCUGAGAGGCUAAAAGACCAAGGGCAUGCUGGGUUUAUGAAGGAGAGGGGUUGAAGAAACAGCCAGCUACUCUUCUAAAGAGAAAUGAACAAUAUUAUCUGAGAGCCUGUUGAUAGAGGUUGGGCAUCUCUUGGAAAAUGGACCGUUUAUAAAGAUAUCCAGUCCAUUUCAUUCAAAAUGUUCCCAUUCAUCCUUUCACAAAUGCAAUGCUAUCGUCGGCCUUGACAUGAAAAUCUAAAGCAAUCAUGUUAUAGGAUUAACGACCCAACAAGAAGAAGAAAACUUGGGAUGUUUUGAAAGGAUGACUCCCGAUGGACAUUCCAACACAUAGAGAUGUAAAUGAGAUGCGUAUGAGGCCUGGCAGCACAGAGAGACUUUUAGAGUUCAGUUAUUGUGUACCACACUAUGGGGCAAAUUCACUAAAUUGGUAUGGCACAUUUGUGUGCAAUAUUUCAGUGUCUUAUUUAAUAAGUCCCCGCAAUCCAUUUUAACCAGGCACCAUCUGUUCUAGUACAGGGCUGUGCAAUUUAAAUAAAGUCAAUGAGCACAUUUGCAUGCACACCAAUAUGCUGAUAACUACCAAGAAUCAGCUUACUCAAAAAAUCUGACAACACAAGUGUGACGAGGAGGAGGGUGUGGCCAGGCCUUGAAGACACACGCCUGGUGCUGAAUUGUCCUAAUCAGCCGGGAGGGGGAUAAAGACAAGCCGGGGGCACCAGUUCGAGAGAGAGAGUGACGCACACGGCCGCUGUGUGUGUGUGUGUGUUUCCAUGUGUUUAUGUUUCUUUAAGUUCAUUUAUGUCAUUAAAAGUUACGUUGCUGUUCAGCUGGUUCCCGCCUA